UCUGCUGGCCCGCUGUGGCCCGCGCAGUAUGCAUACGUACGGCCUCGAGGCUCAAAGCUAACGGUGAACCGGAAUCGUUCAAUUAUUCGACUCCCAAUCGAGCUCAGUUUUCUAUUCGUUUGAGCUACCUACCAAGCGAAAUGGCAUCAAGUGGGCCUCCCUUUGAUUCCAACUGCAUGACCCUGACGAGGUUCGUUCUUGCCGAACAGCGGAAGGUACCAUCGGCUACCGGUGAUCUCACCCAACUUUUGAACAGCAUUCAAACUGCGGUCAAAGCUGUUAGUUCAGCUGUCAGAAAAGCCGGCAUCGCUAAUAUGUAUGGCAUCGCCGGAAGCACGAACGUCCAGGGUGAAGAGGUGAAGAAAUUAGACGUGAUGAGCAACGAACUUUUCAUAAAUAUGCUGACGUCAUCAUUCACCACGUGCCUCCUGGUGAGCGAAGAAAACGAGACGGUAAUUGAGGUGGAAAUUGGCAAGCAGGGAAAAUACAUUGUCUGCUUCGAUCCGUUGGACGGGUCCUCGAAUAUUGACUGUUUGAUAUCGAUUGGAUCAAUAUUCGGAAUCUACAAGAAACUAGAACCCUCGAAUGUUGCCCCAACGGCAAAAGAUGCCCUCCAGGCUGGUAAAAAUCUGGUUGCAGCAGGAUAUGCACUUUAUGGGUCAGCAACCAUGAUGGUGUUGUCGAUAGGUCACGGUGUCAAUGGAUUUAUGUACGAUCCAGCCAUCGGUGAAUUCAUACUCACGGACCAGAAUAUGAGGAUACCAACAAGAGGAAAAAUCUACAGCAUAAACGAGGCUCACGAAGGCAAGUGGGAGCCGGCGAUUCGAGAUUACGUACACUCCAAGAAGUAUCCUGCUACCGGGGAACCGUACAAUGCCAGAUAUGUGGGUUCAAUGGUGGCGGAUGUACAUAGGACCUUGAAGUACGGAGGAAUAUUCAUGUACCCUGCUACCACUGCAAGUCCCAAGGGAAAGCUUCGUCUGCUCUACGAAGGUAUACCUAUGGCUUACAUCGUAACGCAGGCCGGUGGUGCUGCGACCAACGGUCAAAUAGACAUACUCGACAUCGAGCCAUCGACGAUUCACCAGAGGAGCCCAAUUUUUUUGGGAUCAAAAGACGACGUUGCGGACAUAUUGAUCUGCAUACGGAAUCGGGCGAACUAAUGAAUUACUCGAAUACGUAUAAUUGUCUCCUUACAUAGCAAAUGAUAUGUACAUACGUACGAUCAUCGAUUUAAUACAUCCAAAUUUCCGCCAAUAGUUUGUCAAUGAAUAAAGUCGACGUUUCUAUAACCAUA